CUCUGAAAAACAACAAGCCAAAAUAAAUACAUCUCCCCUUCUCUUCUUUCUCCAUCUCAUCACUCAUUUCUCUCCUUUUAGAAGCAGAACAUACGCAGAAAGCCACAAAUAACUCUAACACUCUCUCCUUCUCUUUCUCUGUCUGUCUGUCUUUCUCUCCCUCUCUCUCUCUCUGUGUCUCGGCGCGUGUUUGUAGGUGUGCAGUGCGCACGAAAGCGGAAAGACAAGAGAAAAUGUCCAAUGGUCUUCGCAGAAACCUCAACCUCUGCUUCCUAAACACAAAGCGCAGACGCCCACCCACAACCCAUUCACCUGCUAUUCCGCUGGCCUCGAAAGAUCAAAAACGUCCAGCACCCACAACCAACCCAUCUGUCCUGAUCAAGAACUUCAACUCCCUCUACGAUCUUACCUCAGACUCCACCUCUAAGUCCCGUAGCCGCUCCAGCGACGACUUCUCCUCGUCAGACUCCGACCUCGACACCACCCCCGACUUCGCCACCAUAUUUGCCUCCCAGCGCUUCUUCUUCUCCUCCCCGGGCCGCUCAAACUCAAUCAUCGAGCCGCCGGAAUGCCCGCCGGAAUCCGACACUCUAGUCGGCGGAGGUGUCCCGAUCCCCACGUACUCGCCGGAUCCCUUCAUGGAUUUCAGGCGAUCAAUGCAGGAGAUGGUCGAGGCACGGGAACUGUUGGACGUCAAGGCCGAUUGGGAUUACUUGCACGAGUUGCUCUUAUGCUAUCUCACGCUGAACCCCAAGCACACCCACAAGUUCAUCAUUGGCGCUUUUGCCGAUCUCCUCGUCAGUCUCAUGACAGAGCCAGAAGAGGGUGCUCGCCGGUAACCUGACGACGUCUCCGGCCGGUGUACGGUUUCACGGCGGUUGGUGUAACGUGCUUGUCUGUAUAUAGCCCCCCCACCCCCUUUUUUAAAUAUUCUUAUUGUUAUCUCUCUUUAUCCUUUAUUUAUCUAAACUCUCCCUGUUCUGCUUUUGUUUCUUUCUUUCGCCUGGACUUUUCUAUGGGGACAGAUGCGAGAUCCCAAGACUCUAGAGAGAUAAUUAUCAACUGCCACCAUGAAAUACUGAGAAAGCUUUUCUAUUUAAUAUAGUUGUUUUAAUUGUUUU